AUGGCUGGAAAUCUAUCAAAAAUCAUUCCGGAUAUGUCGAAAAUAGAACCUCUAGACGACUCAAAUUAUAGGAGAUGGUUUCAAAAACUGUUGAUUUUGUUUGAAGCCUUAGAGGUUGAUUAUGUGCUAUUUGAAGAUCCUCCCGCUGAUGUCAACGCUUCUGAAUCAUCUACUCUUGAAACUCCUGCUACCCCUGUCGUCACACCGCUUCCUGCAGAAACCAAGAAAGCUAACGAAGAAGCAAAGAAGAAAUAUGAAAAGGACAACAAAACUGCUAGAGGUCAUCUGCUAACUCAUAUGGCAGAUAAUCUGUUUGAUCUUUUCAUUAAUCAAAAGUCUGCGAAAACAAUAUGGGACACUCUGCUGAAACGUUACGGUGAUGAUGAUGCUGGAAGAAAGAAAUAUGUGGUAGGAAAUUGGCUGCGUUUCCAAAUGAUGGAUGACAAACCAAUCAUGGAGCAGAUUCAUGAGUAUGAGAAUCUAGUUGGUGAUAUACUAAAUGAAGGAAUGAAGAUGUGUGAGAUAUUGCAGGCUAAUGUGCUUCUAGAAAAAUUUCCACCUUCGUGGAGUCAUAAAGCCUAUGAGUGCAAACUGAGGAAGGGACAACAAUCUAACAACUCGAAACCUGCUGCACCACAUGCUCCUCAAGCACAUCUAGCAGAAAAUGAAGAAGUGAUAGCUGCUGUGGUAGUGGAAGCAAACAUGGUUGACAACAAGGUGGACUGGAUUCUAGAUACCGGUGCUUCUAAACACCUAUGCGCCAACAAAGAGCUUUUUCACCAGAUUGAGGAUGCUGAUGACGGAAAAUGUGUUUUCAUGGGAAAUUCAGCUACAACUAGAGUGCUUGGUAAAGGAAAGAUUCUCCUUAAACUUACUUCUGGAAAAACAUUAUCUUUGAGUGAUGUUUUGUAUGUUCCCUCUCUGCGUAGGAACCUAAUUUCUGGUAGUUGUCUAAAUAGAGCUGGAUUAAAAUUGGUUUUUGAAGCUGACAAAGUAGUAAUAACUGAAAUGAUGAACGCUAUGUUAUUAAGUUCUGGUAUGUCUACCCAAAUGUGGGGGAAGCCAUUUUGUCCGCCUGUUAUAUACUAA